AUGGAUGCAAAGAUCCUCGCAGCUUCUGCCAAAUACCCCAUCACCGCUGGUCAUGUCUACAAGUACGGCACGGCUGGCUUCCGCAUGAAGGCUGACCUGCUCCCCAGCGUCAGCUUCCGCGUCGGCUUGCUUGCGGGCCUGCGGAGUCGCAAGCUCAACAGCCAGGCCAUCGGUGUCAUGAUUACUGCUAGCCACAACCCCGCUCCCGAUAAUGGUGUCAAGAUUGUCGACCCCAUGGGCGAAAUGCUUGAGCAAGAGUGGGAGGCGUAUGCUACUAAGCUUGUCAACUGCGCCACCGAUCAGGAGCUCCUCAACACCUACAAGGGCCUCGCCACCCAGCUCAAGAUCGACCUCGGAGCUCCUGGCCGUGUCAUCUACGGCAGAGACACUCGGCCUUCCGGCCACGGCCUUGUUUCUGCGCUGGCUGACGCCCUCGACGCCACCGGAACGGAACACACCGACUUUAAGAUCCUCACCACCCCCCAGCUGCACUACCUGGUUCGCUGUAUUAACACCGAGGGCACGCCCAAGUCUUACGGCAAAGUCAGCGAGGCUGGGUACUACGAGAAGCUUUCCGAGGCCUUUGUACGUGCUCUGCGUGGACGUAAGAUUCAAGGCCAGCUUAUUGUCGACUGCGCCAACGGUGUUGGUGGACCCAAGUUUUCCGAGCUUCUCAAGAUCAUUCCCAAGGGUAUCACAGGGUUUGACGUGAAGGUCGUCAACGACGAUGUGCUGCGGCCGGAAGUUCUAAACCUUGACUCAUCGAUGCUGAUUGUUCAGUGUGGUGCCGACUUUGUCAAGACGAGGCAGCGCAACCCUCCCAACCCCAAGCCUGUGCCUGGCGUUAGAUGCUGCUCGUUUGACGGCGACGCUGACCGUCUCAUCUACUACUGGAUUGAUCCCGACACCGGCUUCUUUAUGCUGGACGGUGACCGUAUUUCUUCUCUGUGCGCUUCUUUCAUUGGAGAGCUUGUCCGCUCAGCCGGUCUUGCAGAUGAUCUCCGCAUCGGAGUUAUUCAGACGGCAUACGCCAACGGCGCCAGCACCAAGUAUAUCGAGAAGCUUCUGCAGCUUCCGGUAGUUUUUACCCCCACUGGCGUUAAGCACUUGCACCACGCCGCCUGCCAGUACGAUAUCGGCGUAUACUUUGAGGCCAAUGGUCACGGUACCGUUGUAUUUUCGCAGGAUGCCUUGCGUCUAUUUAGCACCAAGGAACCCCAGUCCCCAGCUCAAAAGGACGCCCUCGAGACCCUGUCCGCCAUUGCUGACCUGAUUAACCAGACUGUGGGCGACGCCAUUUCGGACAUGCUCAUGGUCGAAGUCGUCCUCGCCCACAAGGGCUGGACUCUGAAGGAUUGGUCCACGACAUACACCGAUCUCCCCAACCGCCUGGUCCGUGUCGAGGUGGCCAACAAGGAUGCCUUUGAGGCCACGGAUGCCGAGCGUCGCCUGGCGAAACCGGAUGGGGCCCAGGAUGCCAUUGACGAGUGUGUUAGGAAAUACACGUCGGCGCGCUCCUUUGCUCGUGCCAGUGGCACCGAGAACGCCUGCCGCGUCUACGCGGAGGCUGCCUCGCGUGCCGAGGCAGAUGAGUUGGCCAACAAGGUCGCACAGAUUGUCAAGCAGUUUGGUUCUUAG